CUUCCUUCUGAUUAUCUUUGCUCCCUCGUUGACCGAUCUACAGAAUUGAGAGAGAAGUGUCAAAUUGUGGAGAAAGGUAUCAACCUACUCAAAAUCUCAAAUCGAUCCAAUUAACUUGAAAGCAUAAAUUAGAUUUCCUAUGAAAGUUGAAGUAUAAGCUUGCCAAGUUAAGUCGAUUGCAACGAAAAAGCUUAGAAAGGGAGCCUGCUAGAGUUUGCUGUUGCUGCGAAUUUUAGGUUGCAACGGAGACUCGCAUCUCCCUAUAUAUUUUAUUUCAUUAGGUGCUAAAACCACAUACAUUCUAUCUCAACAAAUCAACAUGUCGAUGGCAUCUUCAUCAUCUUCUCCUUCCGAUGUGACCUUUUCUUCUGAGGUGUGGAAGUAUCAUGUUUUUCUUAGUUUUAGAGGAGAAGAUACCCGUAAGACUUUUGUUGAUCAUCUCUACACAGCUCUUGAAGAACAAGGGAUCUACACUUACAAGGACGAUGAAACACUUCCUCGGGGUGAAUCAAUCGGCCCAUCCCUUGAGAAGGCUAUUGAAGAAUCACAAAUUGCUGUCAUCAUAUUCUCUAAAAACUAUGCAGAUUCUUCAUGGUGCUUAGAUGAACUUGUACAUAUAAUGAAAUGCAAGGAUGCGAGAAACCAAAUUGUGAUGCCCGUAUUUUACAAUGUUGAUCCAGCAGAAGUUCGAAAACAAAAACGAAAAUACAGAGAAGCAUUCGCCAAACAUGCGUUGGAGAACAACAAGAAGGUUGAAUCUUGGAAAAAAGCACUUGUGGAUGCAAGUAACAUUUCUGGAUGGGAACCAGAGCAUAUUGCGAACGGGCAUGAGUCCAAAUGCAUCAAAACAAUUGUUGACACAAUUUCACGUAGGUUGCAUCCCAUAACUUCAAGUGUGGAUGACAACCUGGUUGGAGUAGAGGCCCGCAUGCAACGAUUGAUAUCACAAAUUGGUUUUGGUGGUAAGAGAAUGAUUGGAAUAUGGGGGGUUGGGGGUGGCGGUAAGACUACACUUGCCUCUUCAAUCUAUGAUGAAAUCUCUAGCAUGUUUGAUGGUUGUUGCUUUCUAAAAAAUAUCCGGGAGGAAUCAAGUAAUAAAGACGGUUUGGAAAAUCUGCAAGCAGAAAUUCUUUCUGGGGUUUUGAAACAAGAGAAACUAGAGGUAAGGAGAGUUGAAGAAGGAAGGUGCAUGUUAAAGGAUAGGUUACAAUAUAGAAAAGUCUUGAUUGUUCUUGAUGAUGUUGACAACCUUGACCAACUAGAAGAGUUAGCUGGAUCACGUGAUUGGUUCGGUGAAGGAAGCCGAAUCAUAAUCACAACUAGAGAUGAGCAUGUAUUAACCGGAGACAAAGUAGAUGUGAUACACAAUAUUAACUUGUUAAACAAUGAUGAGGCGAUGAAGCUCUUUUACAAGCAUGCACCCCGGGGUCACAGGCGUAUAGAAGAUUAUGAGAGGCUUUCAAAAGAUGUGGUUUCUUAUUCUGGCGGGCUCCCAUUAGCACUUAGAGUUCUGGGUCGUUUUCUAUGUGAUAAAGAGAUGAAUGAGUGGAGGAGUGCCUUGGCUAGAUUGAAAGAAAUUCCAGAUGCUAAUAUUUUGGAAAAGCUAAAAAUCAGCUUUGAUGGACUUACGCCCCUGGAGAGAGAGUUGUUCCUAGACAUUGCAUGUUUCUUCAGGCGGCGGUUAAAAGAUGAAGAGAGUCUGAUGAUACUUGAUGUUUGUGGUUAUCAUCCUGUUAUAGGCAUAAAGGUGUUGGUCCAAAAGGCUCUCAUAGUUAUUUCAGAAGAUGGAAGGUUUGAUAUGCAUGAUUUGGUACAAGAAAUGGCACAUUACAUUGUUAGAAGGAAACACCCCAAGAAUCCUGAAAAACAUAGUAGAGUUUGGAAGAAGGAAGACAUUCUAAAAAUAUGUGCUAUGGAUGUAAUGACGAACCUUGACAAGAUUGAGGCUAUAUAUGGUCGGUGGUGUAGGAGUGACGAAUCACAACGUGUUCUCCAGGUCGCUACAAACAUGAAGAAACUUCGGUGGAUUUAUUUGGCUAAUAGAAUGACACGUGUAAUGGAUGAAAGAAAAGUUAAUGGGGGUACACUUCCAUUAAUCAUAGUGCCAGAACAUUUUCCACCAAGGGAGCUUUGUUGUCUAACAUUCAACUGGCUCAAUGCAAAACAACUUUGGGAGGGUAACAAGUCGUUCACUUUGUGCCAGCUGGAAGCUUGGUUAGCUGAGUAUAAGGUUAGGAGAGGUGCCACGCGCACUGUUGAGGUGGAGGAAAUUGAUGAUAAUGAUGACAGUUGUGGGCUUUGUGGUGAUGGUGGUGAGUUGAUUUGCUGUGAUAAUUGCCCCUCAACUUCUCAUCUAACAUGCUUAUGUGUACAGGAGCUACCUGAAGGCAAUGCUCUUGUUGGAUUUGUGGGAAUGUGGUCAAUGUCUCAAUGAUAACGAGCCUUCAAGUUUGGAUGGCCUGAAAUGUUUGCAAUGCGAACAUAAAUACCAUGAGGAAUGUCAUGGAGAAACCGGAAUAGAAAGAGACUUGACGUGGUUCUGUGGGGAAAGCUGAAAGGAGGUUUAUUUCGGGCUUCAUUCCCGGAUUGGAAUUAUGAAUUCCAUUUCCGAUGGUUUCUCGUGGACCAUUCUGAAAUGCAUACAUGGCGACCAAAAGAUUCAUUCCGGAUUGGUUGCUUUGAAAGCUGAAUGCAAGUUGAAACUGGCAGAUGCACUUACAAUUAUGGAGGAGUGUUUUCUUCCCAUGGUGGAUCCAAGAACAGACAUUGAUAUGAUCCCACAUGUUUUAUACAAUUGGGGAUCAGAAUUUGCACGUCUGAACUAUGAGGGGUUCUAUACAGUGAUCUUGGAGAAAAAUGACAUAAUACUUUGUGUAGCAUCAUUAAGGUAUACAAAUUGGUGAUAUUUUCUAGCAUUGAAUAGUAAAUGGCCAUUUUGCCCUUUGACCUUUUUAACCCUAUGUUUGAAAUUUGUGUUCAUGAUUCAUGGGGUAAAUGUUGCGGAGAUGCCUUUAAUUGCAACAUGCAGCAAAUAUCGGUGUCAGGGAAUGUGUAGGCGUCUCAUGAAUGCUAUUGAAGAGAUGCUCAAGUCAUUCAAGGUUGAGAAGCUGGUGGUAUCUGCGAUCCCCAGUGUGGUUGACAUGUGGAGGGAUGGAUUUGGAUUCACAGCCUUGGAAUCCCAUGAAAAAAAAGAGCCUCACAAAAAAUAGUUCUUUUCCUACAGUGGCUAUAACCUUGUAGAAUUGUCAGAGCUGCCUCAAAGUAUAGCUAUUGUUAUAGCGGAUUAUUGUGACUCACUUGAAAGCUUUGGAGAUAUUUCAAACUGUAAAUGGUUAUGGAAAGUCUCACUGCUGGGGAGAAACAAAUUUAUUGGCGACAUAUUGCGGGGGGAGAACAAACUUGGUGGUGACAUAUUACUAGACUCCAUGCUCCAGGGAAACGCUAAAGAUCACUUUAUAAGUUUCAACCUUUCACACUCUGAUAUCUGGAGGGGGUUUGUACCUUGGCUCAACUGGGAGAAGAAGUUUACAAUGCAGCUUCCACAUGAUUGGUACGAUUACUUUUGUGGGAUUUUGAUGUUCGUUAAAUCCGAAGAGCACGAUGUGCGUGUUAAUAUAACUAUCAAGCAAGGCAUAGACGAAGAUUUUCAUUCUUUAUUUGGUCAGGAGUCAAAUGAAACAGACAUUUCUUUUUAUGGGGCGGUAUGUGUAGGAUAUGUCUCUUUUAGUUCAUUGAAAAAGACCGAAUGCUUGAAUUCAACAUACAAUAUGCUUUCCUUUUCUGUACACUGUAAGGAUAAGGAGGAUGAGUGUAGGUUUAGAGCUGUACUCAUUCCUAGGAAAAAUAAAGAUGAUCUGAUGCAAACAACAGAUACCUCAGAAUUUUGGGACGAUGGAAAGACAUUUAGGGUCCAACAUGAUUCAGAGUCCUCUAUCAAGAUUUUAUGGACACCUCACAACAACAUGCAUUUUGGUAUGAACUUGUUUGAUCCCGACAUAUAUCCAAGAGUCCCUCAAAUCCUUGGUGAUUUUCUUUAUUGAUCACUGUUGUUGAUUCUUUUAAAAAAAGAUUA